UGACAGUUACUGGGGGAGCGGUGGAUUGUGGGUAAUGUGUGUUUUCCUCCCAGGUUUUGACAGUCAGCUGUUGCAGGAAAGAAAGAGUUUCACAACUCAUCUAAGGGACUUUUAUUCCUUGCUUUCCACUGGAACUACGCUUUCCGCCUCAGUAUUAGUUGUGUCUUCGACCACUGCUUCUGCGAACAGAGCGCUGUCCUGGAGAAAGUUGUACUUGAGCCGAGCAAAACUAAAAGCCACCAGCCGAACCUCAGCUCUCCUGUCGGGCUUCGCAAUGGUUGCCAUGGUGGAGGUCCAGCUGGAGCCGGGACACGACUACCCUCCUGGACUGCUGAUAGCCUUCAGCGCCUGCACCACCAUCCUGGUUGCGGUGCACCUCUUCGCCCUCAUGAUCAGCACCUGCAUCCUCCCCAACCUGGAGGCGGUCAGCAACGUCCACAACCUCAACUCGGUCAACGAGUCUCCUCACGAGCGCAUGCACCGCUACAUCGAGCUGGCCUGGGCCUUCUCCACGGUCAUCGGCACCCUCCUCUUCCUCACCGAGGUCAUGCUCCUGUGCUGGGUGAAGUUCCUGCCGCUCACCAAGGAGGCGCAAAACGGCACCAUAAGCUCCGGCGAGGCGGCGGCCAUCGCGUCCACCUGCAUCAUGGUGCCGUUCGGACUCGUUUUCAUCGUCUUCGCCGUCCACUUUUACCGCACGCUCGUCAGCCACAAAACGGACCGGCAGAUCCGAGAGCUGGACCAGGUGAUCAAGCUGCAGGAACAGCUGGAUAACCGGUCUGAGAAUGACAACCUGAAGGCAGCUGUUCACUUCCCCUGAUGGAGAAGAGAGCGGCAGGGACCUUCAGCAGCCAUUUCACUCUGAAACCACUCAUAAAAGCUUUAUAUUUAUGUCCAACAGAAGAGCUCAGAUGGGUUUCUGUUGACACUGUAUCAUCUGCUGAGCAUUGCAUGUUUUGGCUCAGGCUUUUUUUUUUUUUAGAUUUUGCAUGUUUACACAGUUUGCUUAAGCUUUUAUUUUUUGGUGAGCCUUUUUCAUCUUGAAAAAUGGCUGUAUAACUUCAUCAUACAGCCAGAUUACAUAACCCAGGAGUAAAAUCUCAAGGGUUUGAAUACUGUGGUAAAGUGCCCUUUUGCUUUGCUUUAUGAGGGCACAUUUAUACUGUAAGAACCAAAUGUAGCUCACAUCAGGUUAAGAGUGUGAUAAGAAGCAUAUUUAUAUUGCUUUCAUUUGUUUAAAAUAAGGUACCACAAGUUGUGAAAAAACAGAUUCAGUCCUUCAAACUGUAGAUGUUUUUAUUUUCUAGUUUACAGCUCUACUGAAACAGUUUUAAAUGGAGUUAUAUGAACUGUAUACUGUGUGCCAAAACCGCUGCAUUUACUUUUUUACAGGGAUUUCUUAAAUGUGCAUUAGCUGUAUUAGUCAUCAUAUUUACUGACUUUAUAAAUGAACACAUCUUUCAAGAUGACUCAUUGUUUGAGACCUAUGGAACAAAGUUAUUUUAAUUUUUUUUUUUUUUUUUUGCUGGUUUAUGAGAUCUUAAUGCUGUGAUUUGUUACAGGUUGACUAACAAUAUUUUAGGAGCAUUUUUCUUUAAGUUUACUGUAAAAAUCACCAAAGAUCUGUUUGUUGAAAGGGAAUUGGUGUUUGAGCAACACCAUUCAAAGUUUCUGAAGAAACGGUGCAUAAUGUUAACCAUCAGAUUCUGUGCAGCAAGAGAACACAGAAAUAUUAAACGUUGGAGAGUGAAUUUCACCAAACCAAAGUACAUCAAAGUGCCUGUGACAUGAGCUUUUCAUGAAAAAUACAUCAUAUUGGAAAUAUGACAAUGAUAACAUAGAGGUAGGAGAAUGACUCUUUAAAGAUCUUGAUGAGCCGUGUGUUUCGUAAAUCUGUUUAUUAGAGCCAUUCGAUUUUAAACAUCAUCACAUAGGCCCACACAGUACGUGAGGAUGUAGCUCCCAACGUAACUCCGUCGUGUGUUUUGUCAAGCAGAACACCCCCUCCUCUUUCCCCCCUUAGCUGCUAUACUCCACCCCUCUGCCUUUUUGUUUUGUUUUUUGUUUGUGAAAAAACAAAGGAGGAACGAUUAAAAAAAUAAAGGUAUUACAAGGAGUAAAAAAAUAGGAAUGACUUUUCUGUUUGCAGCUUUGUUUUUAUCGUUCUCUGUAAAGAUCUGUUCAAAGAUUCGUAACGUCUUCAUGAACAUCACAUCUCUAUAACGGAUUGAAAUAAUAAUAAUUAAAAAAACGUCAUUCAACUGAGAUGACCAGUUGUAGAGAUGUUUACGUGUGUAUUAGUAGGAGUUGAAUACGUAAACAGAGCAUUGUUACAAUAACUAACAGCACAGGCAGCAGUGAAGAAUCUAAUGUUUCUUUAGAUUAUUUCGAUUCACCAACAGGGAGAUGAAGAGAGUUCGUACAAAACCCAGGAAGUUCCCCUUUUUAAAUAAUUCCUCGACGUUGUCACUUCCUGUUUCACUUUGGCCGCGUUAAGUUAAAAAAGAAAACAUGCCAUUUAUGUGACAAAAUGUGUAAAAUCAUGUAUUAUGCUACAUUUAUUAGAUAUUAAGGUGCUUUUUUCCGCUUUGUGUAUUUGUAGGAAAUGCGUGCCACAGACACUUUAAUAAAUAUGUUUUGUAAUCUAAAUGGGUCAUUUUGGCAGCAAUGUGAGGCUGGAUCUGUGCUCAUACUGUAUGUUUGCUUUUUAAUGGUGUUGAUAAUUUACUCAAAAUCAUCUUGAUUUUGAAACUCGUAAAAAGUAAAUUGUUAAAAGGUUGCUAGCUGUGACGCCAUGGGUUGUUGAACAACUACCAUAAAGCAAGAAAAUAAAGAGUGUGAGAGUUUUUUUUUUGUGUUGAGCAUGGUUAAACGUUGGUUAGGUUUAGAUUUUUUAUUUUAAUUUUCUUUAAGCUUUAAUCCUUUUUUUUGUCACAGUCACCUGGGUACCAUUACUCUGUUUACAUCAAAGUAAAACUGCGGUCACAUGGCGACAGUGUCCGUUUUGUCCGUGCCACCCGCUUAAUGCAAGGUGUUCAUGCUGAGUCAUGGAUAAAGCAGCUUUCUUAUUGACAGUUUUGCGAUUCAGAUGGACUCAAUCAGACUUUAAUAUUUGUAAAACAAGAAAAUGACCGUACAGACUGUUUUAGUCACAAGUGUUUGAAUCAGAAAGGUUAAACCCAAGACCCUUGUACAUUUUCAGUCAGCAAUUCAAGUGAAGAUGUGUUACAUUUCUUUAUUUUUAUUGUAUAUUUAUUAAGUUGGUUGUUUGUCACUAUGUGUCAAAGCACAGCAUUUUGUGAGCUUUACAUUAAACGUAUUUAUUGUAAGUUUUGCUUCUGCGUCAGUCAUAAAGUCAGACAAAUUGCUUUUCAUUUCAUGUUGUGCUGGUAUGCAAGGAAACGCCACAAUCUUCAUGUUUCUUAUUUUUGGUUCUGAAAAGGAAAACCACACAGAAAGUUGUCAUGCUGGUUUCUCACUCUGAUGUGUGUGAGGCGACACUUUUGUCCCCAGUUGUUGCAAAUGUAACUAAGAUGUGACUCAAAUAUUUGGCUUGGAUGAAACUAAAUCAGGAUUUUGCAUCUGACAACAGACAGGCCUCCGUUAUAGAAAUGCUACUAGCAUUGCUACAGAUUAGGAUUAUUUAAAACAUGAUAAUAGUUUGACUUAUACAACCAGAUGCUUAUGAUGAUACUGUCAGAAUAUCAAAGCAGAUCAUCACCAUGCUGCUGUGGCAGGGGAAGCACCACAAGUCAAGAUCUGUGUUUUUUGUGCUACUUAAUCAUUUAAAAUACGUUAGUGAGAAAAUUGAGAUCAACAGUAAAAAGUGUUUACAUUCUGAUAAUAAAGGGAUGAAUAAGAGGCCUUUAA